AUGGUGUAUUCUGCUGCUGCGAUUCUACCUAUAUCCAUAUACCUUCAAAUUAUCACUCACGCAUCCAACAGAGUCAUUGUUUGUGCCUGCGUCUAUCGUCUCAUUCGGAACAAUGUUGAUCAAUAUUUCUCAGUACGGUCCAGAGGCUACAGGACCUUGGCUAAGUCAUGCCGUCGGUGUGUUAUUUUGGAUCGAUGCGGCUCUUGCAGUGAUCCUCUCUGCCGGUAUCUACCUGCUACUGUAUGUGACAUUCUUCUUGCUCACUAUAUGAUGGAAUGCUCACCUUGCCUUAGGUGGUCGACUCAGACGUUCACGAUAGCCCAAAUGACACCUAUAUGGAUCUUCCCGGCGUACCCUAUGUUGAUAAUAGGGCCCCAUGCAGGAAUCCUAAGUGCAAAACUUGAACCUUCUCGGGCCUUACCCAUCAUCAUUGGGGGAACAACUAUACAGGGAAUAGGGCUGCUAGUAACCCUUACCGUUUACUCGGCCUAUGUCUACAGACUUUUUAGUCAGAAAUUGCCUAGGGAAAAUUUGCGUCCCGGAAUGUUUGUCUCUGUUGGUCCCAGUGCCUUCACUGUCUCAGGACUUGUGACCAUGGCUGCCCAUGCAAAGCGAUGCUUUCCGGAUGACUUUAUGGGCAACGGCGCCCUGGCUGCGAAUAUCCUCGAAGUGGUUGUCAAUUUCGCUUGUCUGUGGCUCUGGGGCCUGGCGAUAUUUUUCUUUUUUAUUGCCACUUUUGCCCACUGGUCAACCAUCGGCCCUGGCAGAAUGAAUUUUUCAAUGGCAUGGUUCUCAUUUGUCUUCCCCAACACUGCCCUGAUCACCGCCACGUUCGCCAUUGGGAACGCUUUCUCAUGCAAGCCGAUUCUGAUCAUAGGCUGCGCCAUGAUUUUUCCUCUCAUACUAAUGUAUAUCUUUGUCUUUUACAUGAUGAUUCGAGCCAUCGUGUUACGGCAAAUUAUGUGGCCACAGAAGGGCGAGGACAAGGAUGAGGGUGGAUUUGAGAUUAAUCGAACCAAGCCCGAGACCCCUGGUGAACAGACUCCUGUAUAA